CUUCGCCAGCCACCCACUGUCGGAAAUGGAUCAGCUCACACUGGACGUGCCAAACGUGACGACCUUCGGGCCCGGAGUAUUCCGACUGCUGCCCAGACUCAGGCGCCUGCGCAUGUUGAGUGCCAUCCAGAGCCUGGACGAGGAAGAGUUCGAACUGUGCCCAGACCUCAGAGAAGUGCUCUUCCACGCCAAGCUCCAGAAGAUACGGCCUGGAACGUUCAGGCACAACAAGGCGCUUUCCUACCUCGAUCUCGUCGGCAACAACUUGACGCACUUACCAGAUGGUCUAAUCGCUGGCAACCCACUGUUGGAAACCUUGUCCCUCACUGAGAAUGGCAUACGUACCAUCUCUGCUGGGGCGUUCAGAAACGCUUCGAACCUCCAGCAGCUAAUUCUGUCCCGGAACAACUUGCGGACUCUAGAGGAGGGAGUGUUGGACGAUGCGGAGCUGCUCACUUAUUUUCACGCUUCAGCGAACGAAAUCACGUCUCUGCCCCCGGCAAUUUUUGCCAAAACAAUGUUGCUGAUAGAAAUCGAUCUACAUUUGAACAACCUGACGUCUCUGCCGAAGGACAUAUUUGCACAUACUACCAAUCUCAAGGAGCUGAGACUGGGCGAUAACCAGCUGAAGUUCCUGGAGCCAGAACUGUUCCGGCACAACCAACGGUUAAUCACGCUGGAGCUGAGUGGGAACGCCCUCGAGACCAUCCAUGGAGACGUGUUCUCUGGCCUGCAGAGCCUGCAGUACCUCUACCUGGCUGACAACCGGCUGGCCACAGUGCCCGCUGAGGUCUUCAAGCCGAUCGCUGGCCUGCUGCAGUUAUUCUUGUCGGGGAACCUCCUCCAGGAGCUGCCUGGAGAUGCGCUGGCAGGCUGCUCCCAACUGGAGUCCUUCUUCGUGAACAACAACCAGCUCAAGAGUCUGCCAGGGCGACUCUUCACCAACAACACAAAACUCUCUAGUGUCUCUCUCGAAGACAACAGCCUCAGGGGCGUGCCAGUUGAGCUGUUUACUGGGACACCAUCGCUCAAACAAAUGUGGUUGGGACGUAACCCUUGGGACUGCACCAGCUGCGAAGUUGCUGCGAUGUCUGCGUGGCUGACAUCACACGACAUCGACAUCGGUGAUGUCGUGCCGCAGUGCUCGGGGCCUGGGCCACAGCCUGGGAGAGAUAUCCGUCAGGUGACGUCAACUCACUGUCUCAAGGACAGUGGCCAGUAGAGUGUAGGGGUAGGUAUAUCCCAGGAGGAAGCCACUGUCUCCAGUCAUCACUACAAAAACUGGGUAUCGCCCUCAGUAGUCAACAGACACACCAACUAUACAAGCAGGAAGUUCCAGUAAUUACAGACCUCCUGUGUAUCUGGAGUCAUGCACAGCUUCUAACAUACGUUGAAUGGUGGGCAUUCAUCUCGAUGUAUGCUCGUGAGAAGACUUAAUGAAUUUGGACACAAGUGGAAGGACAACACAGUCUCGGUUUUUGCUUAUGUAGCUAUGUAGUACAUCAUUCAUUACGUCCAUGAUAUCAGGAAAUAUUUGACAAAUGGUCUGUUGCCUGCAGCUAUAAAUUAGGUAUGUAAAUGAAGGAUUUUGUGACAUGUCAAUACAAUAAAAUUAUCUGAGUUGUCUUAUCACGUUCAAAUGCAGUGAGUUCAUGAUGUCUGGAGGAUGUAUAAUCAUCUAACAUGUUCUGGCGAAGUGUUGGUGUCUUUGUGAGAAAACGGAAGGAGAUUAUACCCUUUCCCAAACAUCUUGGACUCGCUAUAAAUUCAUGCA